AUGGAUGCAACAAGAAAGAACAUUUUAAUUGCCUCAUCCCGAACAUUUUCAAGUUUGUCAACAAUGACUGGUAAAAAAGAGGAUCAAGAGAGUAAGCAAGACCAAAAAUCUACCAAAGACAAUGAAAAGGAUCACUUUAAAGUAUUUGAUUUCAAAACAUGGUUUUACAUGGUUGGAUAUUGCUCACUGCCCUACGCCAUGUUUUUGGUCUAUUAUUAUUUCAAAAGAUUGUCAUUGACGAGAAAUGAAAAUUUGAAAUUAUUAUUGAAUGAAAGCAUGCCAAAUGAACAAGACAAGUUAUUGAAUGUGUUGAAAGAAAUUUUGUCUCUUGUCAAGGCACAUCAUGAAGUGAGUGAAUGUGCAUUGGAAAUUUUGUCUCGAAUUUUUCACAAAAGAUCCUCUCCCAAAUUAUCGGAAGAAUUUUUCACGCUAUCCACCCAACCCAACUCUGAAUUUAACACAAUUGAAUUGGCCUUAAAUAUUUUGCGAGAAAAUUACUCUCAAUUUAAUUUCAAGGAUGCAUGGAUUUUAACAAAUUCAUUACCGCCAUCAAACAACAAGUAUCGUCUGAAUAAGAAGGAAAAGAUGGCAUUGGAAAUGAUCAAAAAUGUCUUUUCUAACUCGAAUUUAUUAGAACAUAUUCUUAAAGAAGAUGAGAAUAAUCAAUAUGCCAAUCAUCUUGCUCUUCUAUUCAAGAGUGAAAAUGCACUGGACAAAUGCAUUGCAACACUGUGUGUGAAUCAAAUGGUUCGAACUUUGGACAAUGUAUCCGACAGCACUACUCUCUCAGUGUCUCAAUUGCUUCAUUCCAAUCUUGUCAAGUCCAUGAUUCAAUCCUCAACAAAUACCUCCAUGCCAGAUUAUGAUUUCAGAGAUCAAGUUCGCAUAUUGGAGGAUAGAAUGAACAUGGUUAGUAGUGGUAAAACUGGCUCUCCAUUACCAUCAACAAGAACUUGGCUGAAUCCAAACUAUUCCAACAAUCAACACAUGUUUGUGAAAGCUCUUAUAUUGAGUUCUGCUUUUGUAUUUUUCAUUCAUGCGAAACGUCCACAAUCAUUGAAAUUAUUGAAUCUCUCCAAAACAAUGAUUCGAUCUACCAUGUUGUUUACCUACACGGUACUCAUUGGAAAUUAUAGACCUACCCAUCAAUUACAAUCAGAGACAACACAUCAAAACAACAAAUCACUUCCAUUACGAGAAUAUAUUCGAAAUUGGAAUCACGAUCAAUUUACAUAUUACUAUAGUGAUUUCAUGUUGUUCUGCUUUAUGUAUGGAUUUGUGAGAAAUUGGUUUGCGUUCUUGCCAUUUCCUCUUUUGUAUUAA